UUUUUUGAGAUUUUCACCAUGUGUAAACAGUGUACCAUUAAUUUAUCAUGAUUUUGAAUGAUCAAAAAUGUUAGCAGAUCACCAAGAUGUUUUUAAUAUUGUACAAGCGAAAUUCUUGGCCGCAGAGGUAGUAAAAAGUAUUCACUUAAAUGUUUCUUUAGUUGAUGGACCUAUAGACAAUAGCAAUAGAAUUUUAGCUUUAGUGGAGUACAAUAAAUCAUUUGCUUUGUUUGUAAUAAUAUCUUCCCGAAUUAAACCCAUAAGUAUUUCAGAUUUAGCAAUUGAAAGUGUAAUUCCAGUGGAUGAUCAUUUUAGCUGUGAUUCCGAGCCGGUAAAUAGCCAAAAGCAUGUCAAAUUUAUAAUAUCUUAUAAACAAACAAAGUAUGAAUUUCAAAUUGAAAUUGGAAAAGAGAGUUCAAAUUUUGCCUCAGAGGUAAUAAAAGCUAAAGAAGUUCCUUCAAAUAACAAGUCCAAUUUUACUUGGUUGGAGAAAUAUUUUGGGACAAUGAUCCAGGCAAAUAAAUGUUCAGAUAUUUCGGAUCAGGUGUCUGACAUAGUAAUAUCCAGAGACAAAAUGACUCAAGGACAAACAGCAAUAAAUCGUGAGUCUAUGUUAAAAUAUCAGCUUAAACUUAGGGAAGCCGAAUUUACCCAAAAACAUGAAUUUACAAUUUUUGUGGGCACUUGGAAUGUUAAUGGGCAACCGCCAACAAUUUCACUUCGUUCAUGGUUGAGUUAUGAUCAACAUCCUCCAGAUGUAUAUGCUGUGGGAUUUCAGGAACUAGAUUUAAGCAAAGAAGCAUUUAUUUUCAAUGAUACACCUAGAGAAGCAGAAUGGCAAAAAUUUGUUAUGGAUGGGCUACAUUCUGAUGCAAAAUAUAGAUUGGUUGCACUAGCUCGUUUAGUUGGAAUGCAGUUGGCCGUUAUGGUAAACAACAAGCACUAUCAGCAUGUAAAGAAUGUCUCAUUUGAUACAGUGGGGACAGGACUAUUGGGCAAGAUGGACAAGGAGUAUCUAUACGAGAAAUUCAAUUGGCUCAGGGGAAGAUUUUUAGCGGGUAAUAAAGGUGGAGUGGCAGUGAGACUGGAACUUCACAAUACAUCUUUGUGCUUUGUAAACUGCCAUUUGGCAGCACACAUAGAGGAGUUUGAAAGGAGAAAUCAAGACUACAAAGAUAUCAAUGCUAGGAUAAACUUUAGAAAAAAUCCACAAGCUAUCAAGGAUCAUGAUCAAAUUUAUUGGCUAGGCGACUUAAAUUAUCGUAUUACGGACUUAACGAAUGUUCAAGUGAAAACGCUUUUGCAAAGGAACGAGAUGAACGCUUUGUUGAAAGCGGAUCAACUGAAUCAACAAAAAGAACGCGGGAACGUGUUGUUGGACUACGAAGAGGGAAAUAUUACCUUUCAACCUACUUAUAAAUUUGACUUAAAUACAGACAUAUAUGAUACAAGUGAAAAAGCUAGACCUCCCGCGUGGACUGACAGAAUAUUAUGGAGGGGUAAGGGAAUCCAUCAGGUCGAAUACAGAAGCCAUAUGGAUCUAAAAAUCAGCGAUCAUAGGCCUGUUAGUGCGCUAUUUAAAUCAGAAAUCAGUGUGGUCGAUCCGAUCCAAUACAGGAAGGUUCACGAGGAUCUGCUCAAGAAAAUGGAUAAGCAUGAAAACGAAUUUUUGCCGCAAGUUACAGUUGACCCGUCUGAAGUUCAUUUUGAACAAAUCAAGUUUAGGGAACCCCAGACGAAGGAAAUUAUUAUCGCCAAUACUGGAGUGGUACCUGCCGAUUUUGAAUUUAUCAAAAAACUAGACGAAGUAAGUUAUUGUAAAGACUGGUUACGCAUUUUGCCAUAUUGCGGCAGUAUAAAUCCAGAAUUUAUUUCAGGCGAAAAGUGCGACAUAAGGUUAGAAGUUAACUUGGAAACAGAUCUUGAACGAAUCUACGACAUACUAGUGUUACACUUGAAAGGUGGAAAAGAUAUGUUUAUCACUGUGAGUGGUACUUGCCAGAAAUCUUGCUUCACUCAGGCCCUGUCUUCACUAGUCAGAACUCAAAUUCCUAUCAUGAACUUAUCCGGUGAAGAUUGGGAGAAAGCGAGGAACAACGAAACUCCAAUUAUAUAUUCAGUGCCUCGCGAAUUGUGGCUUUUAGUGGACCAUUUGUACAGGCAUGGGUUGAAAACAAAAGAAUUAUUUGAGUCUUCUGCGUUGCAUGAAGAGAUUAUUAAAAUUAGAGAUUGGUUGGAUUUUGGAUCCCAAGAUCCUUUACCUGGGUCUGUUCAGGCUGUUGCCGAAGCUUUGUUAUUGUUUUUAUCAUAUACCAAAGAACCUGUUAUACCUUUUGAUCUGCAAGAUGUAUGUGUUGCAGCAUCAAAUAAUUUUCAAAACUGUCGACAGUUAAUUCGGCAAAAACUGAGUGACAUACACCGCAACGUUUUCCUAUAUGUUUGUAUGUUUUUGCAAGAACUCCUGAAAUAUUCACAGGAUAAUGGUUAUGACGCAAAAACCUUAGCUUCUUUGUUUGGCGAUAUAUUACUUAGGGAUCAAAUUAGGAACUCUAGGCCACAAGCAAGUAGAGGAAAAGCAAAUUUCAUAUACAACUUCUUGGUCAACGACUUGAGUUCAUCACUGAUUCCAGAGUAGGUUUAUUGUAGUUACAAAUGUAAAUAUGCUAUUUAUGUUUUAUUUAUAGAAACUAAUAAUUGCCAGUAUUUUUUAUAGUGAUCAACUUAAUGUAAUUUGUU